GCUUUUAACAUACGGGUCUUUCCAAAAUUUACGCAACAUUCUGGGCAGCGAAGUAUUUUUGUCCAGUUUUGCCACCGUCACUGUUAUUGCGUCGUUCGCCAUCUGGUGCUUUUUUCAGCAGCAUUGUGUCUCGUGUCCGACUAGUUAUAUGCCGUUUUCUACAGCACAUAGGAGGAUUCCUGGUUAUACAGCUAGGCUACAUCAGACGCAUCGGCUAUAUUUCGCCAGCAUACCAUCAUUGUUUAUGAAGUUCACAGAGAAGCAGCGGCACUGGCGUCAUUUUUCCACGACGUUAACGUCUCAAUAUCCUAGAUAUCAGAAUCGGAAAUUGUCACCCUGUAGGACUAUCACUGAAUUACAGCCAACAUGGCGACAGUCAAUGUCAACCGCAGUAACCCUGACCAAUUCUACCGCUAUAAGAUGCCUAAAAUCAUAGCCAAGGUGGAAGGAAAAGGGAAUGGAAUCAAAACUGUUAUUGUCAACAUGCCAGAGAUUGCAAAAUCUCUUGCGAGGCCACCAUCCUAUCCGACGAAAUUCUUUGGCUGCGAGCUGGGCGCGCAGACGACGAUGGACAACAAGAACGAGCGCUUCAUCGUGAACGGCGCGCACGACGCCGUCCGCCUGCAGGACAUGCUCGAUGGCUUCAUACGCAAGUUUGUGCUCUGCCCGCAGUGCGACAAUCCCGAAACCAACCUGUUGGUUUUUGCAAAGAAGCAAAUGAUAUCGCAGCGUUGCAUCGCGUGCGGCUACAACGGCCCUAUUGACAUGCGCCACAAGCUGACUACAUUUAUUCUCAAGAAUCCGCCUACCAGCGCACAGAAUGGAACUACUGCAGAUAACAAGGAUACGCCGUCAAAGAAGCUGAAGGAGAAAAAGUCUAAAAGGAAGGACAAGGAGAAUGGAAGCUCGAGCAGCCCACCUACAAGCCCUCCACAAACGCCCUGUGAGCAAAAUCAGCAUGACCCGGCAGGCGAAGAUGACGAUGAAGACUGGGGCGAUGACAUCAGCGAAGAUGCCGUAGCCAAGCGCAUGCAGGAGCUGUCCUCUGGUGCAAAGGGACUCACUCUGAACGACGACAUGGAGAAGAGCCAAGAAGAACGCCUGGAAAUACUGUUUAAGUUCGUGAAGGAUCAUGUGGAUGCUGGCACUCUUGAAGGGUCUGACAGAGACAUCUUCACGGAGGCUGAGAGACUGGACGUCAGGGAUAAGGCUACCCUGGUGCUCGCAGAGCUGCUGUUUGACCGCGACAUGAUUAAGCAGAUUCCAAAGUACAGGCUGUUCUUCCUCAGGUGCACACAUGAGAACAAGAAGGCGCAGAAGUACUUGUUGGGUGGAUUUGAGCUACUUGUCCACAAGUACAGUGACGAGCUGCUGCCCAAAGUUGCCCACCUGCUGAAGCUGCUCUAUGACACUGACAUUGUGGAGGAGGAUGUUAUUCUUGAAUGGGGAAAGAAGGUCUCUAAGAAGUACGUGUCAAAGGAGUUCUCCCAGCAGAUCCACGACAAGGCAUCUGUUUUUCUGAAGUGGCUGCAAGAGGCAGAGGAAGAGGAGUCAAGUAGCGAAGAAGAGGAAGAAGAGGUUGGGAUUGUCUACGACUCUAAAGCUCGUGACAAGCUGUCAGUGGAGGUGACUGCUCCAGCGGUGCCAGUAAAGCAGGAUGGAGCCGAUGACGGGGACCUGGACAUUGACGACAUAUAAACCCUGAACAGUUGACAUUGCUCGCUUCCCGCAGCACCGUUCCCUUCCCGUGGCAUGCUGUCACGCUACUAUCCGCCCCCUUGGUUCCAGCUGUUUCCUGUGCUUCAGUACUCCCAUCUGUCAGCCUGCUAUUGCUACUGUUGCUUGUGCAAUGGCUUCCUGCUAUUUUACUUCCUACCACACCUGUUCUGCUUGGGCUGCUUGCAGACAUCUGCUAACCGAUACCACACU